AUGGAAAUUGAAUCUGGAAUAAAUUUAACGAUGUUGCACAUGAUCGACCUUCGUUCUGUUCUGAUACUGAACAGCAACAUAAGAAAAAUUCGUUUAAUGUUUCUCGAUGUUUGUCUUUCUCCACUCUACUUAACAUGUGCUUUGAAUAUCAAUUUCAUUUUUGAACUUGAAAUGUCACGAAAGUUCAUCCUAUUCAAGAAGAAAUUAUUCACUUCGGACACCUCUUCAAUCAUGAUUUAUGAUCAGAUCAAAGAAGAACCUAUGAAAUUUACUUAUGCAAUGACAACAGAGAAGUUGACCAUAAAUUUAAACUUAGUGCAGUAA